AUGACCCGACCACCUGACUGUUCCCAACCGACUUUACCCCCGAGCCACGGGGUAAAGUCGCGAGCAGAGGAGAGCCACGAGCCGAGGGAAGCCACGGAGACGAACCACGAGCAAAGGGAAGCCACGGAAGAAAACCACGAUCGGGUCCCUUCAAGCACCAAGGAGACGUACCGCGAAGCGACCUACACGCAGCGGCUGGGCUCAUACCCCGCCUGCGCAAAGCCCCAGCCCAUGGUCCGGAGCGGUGUGCGCCAUACGCACUGGGGACUAGCGCCGUCGAGCGGCCUCUGGCCUUCUUUCGGCCACAGCCAUUGGGGCAAUCCCCACGGAGCCUCCACACCAGAGGUCACAGCUCCAGGCGCCUCAUCUCCAGCUGCUCUCACACCAAUCACGAGUGAGGGACACGGGGACCACGGGCGCCACAGAAUCCAUUCCUCAACCUUCAUAACCGCAGAAACACCUCGGCGGCGUCCCGAUGGCCCUGUCUUUGAGUCAGAGCCAAACACGCCCAACUCCAGCUAA